GAGCACAAAGACCACACGAGGACCGAAGGACUAAAGAAUAUAGAUCGCUGAUUUUGCUACAACAGAGGUAUUUUCACGACAAGGAAGUAGUAUACUUACAGAACAAGAACAUCGAUGGACCAAAAAUCAUCAUCGCGUCGCACGUAGUGCGAAGUCUCUUCUCGAAGCUAUUACAACGAGAAUCCAAGCAUCGAAAGCAAGCACAUCAAGAAGAAGUCGGAGUCACGUUGGAAAUAAGAAAACGCCAGACCACGACGGCAAAGCUGCAACCAGGUUCAGUUUCACUCCUUAUUCCCUUCGACGUGCUGGUUGAUAAAAAUCAUUUCUACAAAAUGUAAAAUGAAUAGCAACAAGAAUGAGUUCUCUACUAUGAUAGUCCAUUUCUGACAGAAAUUUUCAGUUGUAGAUGAAAACUUCUGCAGAAAGAGUAGACUCACGGACCUCGAGUAUGCCUCUCCAGCACUGUAGAUCUCAUCUCCCCUGUCGUUGGAUUCCUCUCCAGCAUUGUAGAUCUCAUCUCCCCUGCCCUUGGAUUCCUCUCCAGCACUAUAGAUCUCAUCUCCCCUAUCCUGGCAUUUCGAUUUAGUUUCUUUUUUGGUGGUUCUCUUCCCUCCCUUUAUUUAAAUCACAUAGUGUGACCAUGGUUGAACCCGCCGGCGCAUCAGUUAGCAAGUGGGAGCUUGGGCUUUUUGGCCAGGAGCUAUUCCCCUGAUGCUCAUGCUCCCCGCCUCCCGAAGAAAAUAGUACUAUGUAUCUAUAAAUAUAUAGGACAGAAGUGGCGAGCAGGUAGCUCAUGAUUCCUGAUUCGCGGAGGACCCUAUGAACAGAACCGCCUGAACAACAUGAACCGCCACUGACGGCAUAAUUCGUUGCGUAAUUCGUUGCGCCCUGCGUGUGGAGACCCAGAAUCUUGAAUGUGGCCCGGCCGUCGUCAGGCUUCGUUUUUCCACUUGUUGUUGUGCUAUUAGAUACGAGGCCCAACUACAGGGGGAGGACGGAGUGGCAGCGACUCUGUCAUGGGUGGGUGAUAGUUUAGGGCCCACUUCUUUUUCUAUGCUGAGAAAGAUACUGCUUGCUGAAAAAAUUGGUCGUCAUUCAACAAUCGCAGGGUUGGGUGAUUGUUGCUAACUGAUUUAUCAAUCGCCGCGGGUGGUGUUUCUGUUUCGCAUUGUCAGCCCCCUUAAUGGUGUCGAUGGUUGACUGAGGCCACAUGUAGCGCAUUAAUUAUGGUUUCUUUGCUAGUUUCGUGCGCCUGUGCGUGUUUUGCACAACUAAGCAAGCUGGGCUCCGGUAUUCUAUUGCGGGGCCACAGCGAGCUCGUUUGUGAUUGCGUUGUUGUGUGUUUCUCAUCAUAGUUACAAUUUAGGCCAAGAGUUCAGCCUUUAUUAUUUAUUGUUGGCCAGACCGAGACCCUGCGGAGUUGCGUAUUAGUAUUUAGAAAUUCAAACUUAUUUGUAUUGUCUUUGAUUCUCUCCUUGUUUCUAUCUACUGAUGAACAGGCUUGCACUUGUGUGCGCAAUCUCCUCACGACUAACAUCUGCACCCAACAUCGAUUCCGCGCGACCCUCUCAGAGAACGACAGAGGAAACUGACCAAAAAGGCGAGCAUCUAUCGUCCAUCAUCUGACAAAGAUGGAGGCCUGGAAUCGAGAAAUGGAGGAAAACGCCGAGUAUGACUUGGAGGAAGCCAUGGUGAAGCGGCUGCAGGAGGAGGAGGGGAAUUCCGAUGGAAAGGCGCCCCGUCUAAGUGGAGGCUGGGGAUGGCAAACCUAUGCCUCUUUCUUGUUGGUUUUUUUCAUCUUCUUCUGGGUGGCGGAUCUCUCCACGGAUGGCGUUGUCUUUAUGGUUUCACUCGGAUAAGAGUUACAAGAAUAAAAGUGAACACUCUCUUUGAUUGGGAUAGAAGUUUCAUGAGGAUAAGAGUUUCAUUGGGAUAAGAGUGAAAAUCCAUCUUUUAUUGCUCUUCAAUGGCCUCGAAAGCUCACCCCCUCAUGGUUGGGCUAACUCCUAUCUUAUCCUAAAAGUAGGAAGACGAGAUAUGAGCAGGAGCACUGCCAAAAAAAUAUAAAUCUCCAGAUCAUGAAAGUGCAGGGAGUACUUAGUUAAAGAUUUUCAAUUGGCAAAUUAGAAUUACAUCAUGGCUAGGCUGUACGAUGUUCCUUUCGCGACCCCUGCGUCAACUAUGCGCCGCAUGGAUGACUAAGAGCGCAGCCUCAGUUUUGUUUAUCUCAUCUGCAUGCAGCUGCACUCUGUUUGCCUGAUGAUAUAAUAGUUGUUGCUUGGGCUUAGCGAGUUCUUAUAUUUCUUUGCCCUUAAGAGGGUUUACAAACUUUAGAACACGCUACAAAAAAGGGGGAAAAAAAGAAAAAAAUCGCAAAAAAGUAUAAUCUUGGGGAAUGAAAUCGUGGGAAGCUCAUGCGCCCCGCUUGAUCUGCGCGCGCGAGCUUGCGUCUGCCUGCCUCUGCUUGCGGGUGUUGCGUGGGCCUGCGAGGGCUCAGCUCCAUGGCAUCUGCAGCGCGCGAGCGCGUCGGCGCUGCGCGAGGGAGGCUGCGCUGCGCAGGCGAGUCUGCACGGCGCGAGCGAGUCUGCGCUGCGCGAGCGGGUCUGCGCAGCGCGGGCGAGUCUACGCUGCGCGAGCGAGCCGAGCGAGUGGUCUGCGUUGCGUCGGGUCAGCGCUGCGCGACGGAGCGGGUCUGCGCUGCGCGGCGGAGCGGAGCGGAGCGGAGCGGGCCUGCGUUGCGCGAGUGGGUCUUUUUUGCAAGUUUUUCUGUUACUUGCAAUUUGUAGCUUUUUUGUUACGAUAGAUACCUACAUCAUAGAGGGCGCUGGUUCGUGUUGUGCGUUCUUUCUUGCGUUGCUGCGUGUGUGUCAGUCUGUGUCUGUGUGUUCUGCGUCUGGGUCUGUGCGUUGUGCGUCUGGGUCUGUGCGUCCUGCGUCUGGGUCUGUGCGUUCUGCGUCUGGGUCUGUGCGUUCUGCGUCUGGGUCUGUGCGUUCUGCGUCUGGGUCUGUGCGUUCUGCGUCUGGGUCUGUGCGUUCUGCGUCUGGGUCUGUGCGUUCUGCGUCUGGGUCUGUGCGUUCUGCGUCUGGGUCUGUGCGUUCUGCGUCUGGGUCUGUGCGUUCUGCGUCUGGGUCUGUGCGUUCUGCGUCUGGGUCUGUGCGUUCUGCGUCUGGGUCUGUGCGUUCUGCGUCUGGGUCUGUGCGUUCUGCGUCUGGGUCUGUGCGUUCUGCGUCUGGGUCUGUGCGUUCUGCGUCUGGGUCUGUGCGUUCUGCGUCUGGGUCUGUGCGUUCUGCGUCUGGGUCUGUGCGUUCUGCGUCUGGGUCUGUGCGUUCUGCGUCUGGGUCUGUGCGUUCUGCGUCUGGGUCUGUGCGUUCUGCGUCUGGGUCUGUGCGUUCUGCGUCUGGGUCUGUGCGUUCUGCGUCUGGGUCUGUGCGUUCUGCGUCUGGGUCUGUGCGUUCUGCGUCUGGGUCUGUGCGUUCUGCGUCUGGGUCUGUGCGUUCUGCGUCUGGGUCUGUGCGUUCUGCGUCUGGGUCUGUGCGUUCUGCGUCUGGGUCUGUGCGUUCUGCGUCUGGGUCUGUGCGUUCUGCGUCUGGGUCUGUGCGUUCUGCGUCUGGGUCUGUGCGUUCUGCGUCUGGGUCUGUGCGUUCUGCGUCUGGGUCUGUGCGUUCUGCGUCUGGGUCUGUGCGUUCUGCGUCUGGGUCUGUGCGUUCUGCGUCUGGGUCUGUGCGUUCUGCGUCUGGGUCUGUGCGUUCUGCGUCUGGGUCUGUGCGUUCUGCGUCUGGGUCUGUGCGUUCUGCGUCUGGGUCUGUGCGUUCUGCGUCUGGGUCUGUGCGUUCUGCGUCUGGGUCUGUGCGUUCUGCGUCUGGGUCUGUGCGUUCUUUCUGCGUCUGGGUCUGUGCGUUCUGCGUCUGGGUCUGUGCGUUCUUUCUGCGUCUGGGUCUGUGCGUUCUGCGUCUGGGUCUGCGUCUGUGUGUUCUGUGUCUGUGCGUCCUGCGUCUGUGCGUUCUGCGCCUGUGUGUUCUGUGUCUGUGCGUUUUGUGUCUGUGUGUUCUGUGUCUGUGCGUUCGGUGUCUGUGCGUUCUGUGUCCGUGCGUUCUGUGUCUGUGCGUUCUGUGUCUGUGCGUUCUGUGUCUGUGGUGCGUUCUGUGUCUGUGCGUUCUGUGUCUGUGCGUUCUGUGUCUGUGCGUUCUGUGUCUGUGCGUUCUGUGUCUGUGCGUUCUGUGUCUGUGCGUUCUGUGUCUGCGUGUGUGUCUGUGUGUUGUGCGGCGCUGCGCUUUUGCGUGCUGCCUCAUAUAAAUAAGGGAGUGGGCCUGCGUCUUGUUUUUGAAGCGGGCUUCGCUGCUCUUGCUGUGAGGCUGUGAUAGGGCUUUCUUAGGGUUCGAGUGCUGUGAAGGCAUGGUCUUGCCCUCUACUUGGUGCUGGCAGUCUGUCACUUGUGGGAUGCCAGCAGCGUGGUUGCCGUCAGGAAUGCAGGGUCUUGCCCUUUUGUGGUUUAUCGCGUUCGGCUUCGUCUGGUUUAUAGUGUUCUCCAGGGAGGAACUACAUCAGCAACAACAACUAGGAGCAGAUCUUCCUGGUUCGUUGUUUGCAAGGAUUUUUCUUAGUCUGACUUGUCUUAGGCGGGACGCGUGGGGAGGAUCUUUUGAAUUUUACUAGUUCUUAAACUCAGACUUUUUCCAUUUCAUCUUGGUCCGGCGUUGUCUGGCUUAGUGGCUGAUCUUUUUCCCUUCGGGGCUUACUGGGUGGUCGUGUCGGUGCUAUGGAGAGUAGUCGUCAUACUUACAACAUUUCUGAGGAUGGAAGAGAGUUAAAGGGCAAGGGAUCCUUUUUAGUAUAAUUUUCUCACCUUUGCCUCUACGUCCUCUUCCUUUUUUUCAGGCUUUCUUUCUUAGUGAGGCUUCUGCCGUGACAGCUUCCUCACUUUUCUAGCACGCACAACACGAUGGCGCUGGCUUUUUUUGAGUCUGACUUUUUUCAGGUUUCUUGGUUGCUUUCUUAGUCACGGCUCAUCUACAGCAACUUACCUUUUCUAAGUGAUGGGCACUCAGGAUUCAGGUUUUUUAUAUCUCGGCGGCGCCCUACAGCUAGCGGCGAGGCAGCUUGCUAGACUGUUCUAAUUUUGACUAGACUGAAGCGCCCGGUAGCACUCCUCCCACUAGCAUCGCUCACCUUCUGCACGCAUUUCCCCCGGCAUGGCGUGCCAGCUUUCCCGGCCCCUUCCCCACGCGACAGGUGAUCGGCGGAACAGGGGCCGGGCUUUUGGCGGCGUGUGGCCACUGAAGAGGCACGCAGCGGAAUAGCCGGCCUGGGGGUUUGCGGGUCUCUUAUUAGGUUUGGCCGUUUUUGCAUGAAAGCUGAGGCGCGUAAAUUUGAUACCUCUAAUAUUUGCCUCCUUUGAAUAGGAUCAAGCGUGUGGCGCCUGCUUCUUUUUAAAAUUUAUUCACCUUCGCUGAAAUCAAAAAUUUUGGUCGCCAUGCUCAUGGGCUGACUGGUUGGGCUUGUUUGAUCGUUGCUCUUCGUUUGUUGGUAAGAAAAGAGAGCGUGGAAACCUUCGACGGGGGUCGCGUGUUUUUGGUUCGGGUGUGUGUGGUUGAGAGUUUGGAGGGGGCGCUGUUGUUUUUUUUCUCUUAAGAUUUACCUCUUCGGCCAGCAUCAGUAGCCUGCCCUGUCUCGUCCUCUGCUAGGUGGGAAUCUAGUAGGCUGAAGCUACCUAGCCUAGCCUUUAUUUGGUAUGCUUAUGCAUCUUCAUCUGCUGGCCCGGGGGAGUUCGAUUCGAUCUUUUUCUGCCAAGGGGGCGCGCCUUUCCUCUUUGUUCCUUCUGAGAAAAAGAGAUAGAGCUUGGCGGAGUACGAGUAAGCAUAGGGCUAUCCCCUGCUGUGGUGCUUAUGGUGUACUAACUUGUUUUGAAAAAUACUAGAGGACUACAGCGCCUGAUAGCUCUCCCCCCAACUAGAAUCCUCCACCUCCUUCAGGCAUUUCUUUCGCCAAGGCGCGCCCCUCCCCCGCUCCUUUUCCGCCAGGUCGCGGCGCUUCCUUGGCGGAGUUGGUCCGCGGGGGGGAGCGAGUCGGGACAGAGGCGCCGCGGAAUUUGACAGGGGAGGCCGCCCCGCUGAGGUUUUUGAGGUGUUUCAAAGUGUUCUGCUUUUGGAUAUGGUUCAAGUUUUUGGAGUGGAAGCCUUGACCCGGGUGCAGGGCUUUGCGCUUAGGCUUUUUGGGGUGGGGGCUUCACUCUUGUGGGCAAGUUUGAAGCUUUUGGCGUGCAGCCUGUACUGAAGCCCGUGGCUUUCAAUUCAGUUUGAAGCUUUGGGCCUCGGCGAAGCUCGAGACGUAAAGCUUCGGGCUUCGCGCUUAGGUUUUGGGCCUUUGGGCUUACAUGUUGAAGCUUUGGGCUUUGAAGGGUUUCGUCUGAAGUUUUGGCCUCACGGCUUUGGGUUUGAAGGCUCGGGCUCCACAUCUCGGGCGCGAUGCUUUGGGCCUGAAGCCUUCGGCCUAAAGGCUUGGGGCUGAAGUCCUAGGCCUGCGGUCAUGGGCUUGGGGCCUUGGCUUUGAAGGCUUGGGCCUGGGGCCUUGGGCUCGUCGUGCUAGGCUUGAAGCCUUGCGCCCGGGGCCUUGCGUUUGUGGUUUUGAAUGUGAGUCCGCGAAUUUGAAAAGCCUGAGAGUUGGUCGCGGCAGACAAAGUGGAAACGCUGGGCACGCUCGCCCAAGUUAGGGGGCUUUUUAAGCUUUGUCGCCUAGAAUUUUAUUUCGGUUGCUUGCUGUCGUGAUUGGCUACACAUCAUGGGCACCGUGUUGGCCGCGGUCGCGAUCGUAGGUGAAUGACAUGCCACGCCGGAGGCCUUGGGCUUACGGUCUUGGGUCGGCUUUUUGAAUUUCGAAGGUGUUGAGCUUAGCUCCUGACGAUACAGCAAAAAGCUUCGCCACUGUAGCUCAAACCAGCAAAGUUUUUGACUAUACCCCUGAGACUUUGAGCCGAAUCGCCUGCGGUCGUGAUCGGCUACGCGCAGGCUGAGUCCCGUAGGCUCAUAAGCGUGAAGGCCUUGGCCUUUGCCGCAGUGGUGGCUUUGGUUUGCUCGAUGUGUUGCUGCCUGUUUUCGGCGAGUUUGCCGAGGGUCUUGGGGGCAAGGCUAGCACAUUUGUGGCGGGGGUGAGUUUCGCGGCUUGCUCAGAGGAGUAUUCUAGGGAGCUUCGGGACCGUUUGUGGGAUUUUGAUUUUGUGCGGAUCGUACCACAGUAAGCAUUUACAACUGGCCCUCUCUUCUUGACGGCCUCUGGGCCGCUCUGACUGAGUGAUCGCUUUUUUGUGGGCAAGAGGUAGUUGAUUUCUGACUGAUAGAAGUCGGUGACUGAAGGAAGAUUUUCUCUUGUUUGAGUAAUCAGCGAGUCUUCAUGCUUUAGAUUUCCCACCCCCCCUUCCCGGAUUUCCGCUUUGAGCUAUUUGGAUUUUGGUCUGGGGGCUUUAAUUUUGUGUGAAUCCUUUUACUUCUGGCCAUCCCUCGACGGUCUCCGGGCCGCUCUGACUGAGUGGUCGCGUUUUUAUUACUACUACCUGGCGCUGGUGGUGUGUUCGCUGGGUAGUCCUUAAUGAGGUCGCAUCCCUCUUGAAGGGAAAGCAGGAAUCUCCAAUAGACUUCUUGGUAGGAUACCCCUGAAUUAAGCCUCAUCCUCUGAUUAUCCAGCAAGGCUGACCGGGGGAUAAGAAUACUCUUGAUAGAUAGCCUUCGCUUUUUCUAUCUUUCUCGGGUCUUUGUUCUUGUUUUUCUACUUAGGUCUGCGCCUUCACAGUUACUCAGUACGGCUGACAAGGUUAAAUACAGGGGAACCAAAUGAAGGGAAGAGAACAGAUCUCAUACUCACUCAACCACAGACGCAUACUGACUUACAGGCGCUAAUGAAACCGGCUCCGCCUCGAAGCCGGGGGCCUUCUUCGCCUCGAAGCCGAAGGGGCGUCGCUCUUUGAGAGGUGCGGUGGGCGUUUCCUUGCCCUCGAACUAUACCGCGCCUGUUCACUUCCUAAACGAAACAGCGACUGUCGACGAUUUUCUCCAGCGCUCGCACGGCACGGCUGCGGUGGUUCCUAGUGGAGAUCCGGGGGCGGCCGUGGGUGUGCAUGGGUUCAAACCGAAGAAGGGCCACAGGCUUGGGGGCGCGAUGGAAGCCGACUCUGUGUCCAGCGAUGCCACGUCUGCUCACGAACUCAACCAAACUGCCCUUGAUGGAAACUUCCUCCAGCGGAUGGACAAAGCGCAGACCGCCGAGCGGCCAGGAGUCGUCCACAUCACAUUCACUCCGGGACUCGGUGGAGCGCCUGAUGGCGGCGGCGUUUGGCAGCUGCACUACUUCGACAAGGUGGAAAAUGUCAAGUAUACGCCGAAGUGGCCGAACCCAGACAAUCCGAACGACCCGCAAGACAAUUAUUUUGAGCUGCUUUCCUUCUCCGCCAUCCCGCCCUUCGAGAACGACCCCGAAGAUCGACCCUACACGGAACUCGUUGCGGACAAUCCCAAAAGAGACACCCGCGUACGGUACGAUAUACUCGAAGAAGAAUACGCAUGGAUAUCAGCUGGACUUCGGGAAUUCCGUUACGCGAUCCUCGAGAAUGCCUGUGUGAGCUUUGAUGAAGGUGCAAAAAUAUUCGCGGGACGACGUACCUUGCCCCGCGGUGGCAAGCCGAGUACGCCGAUCAACUGGCCGCCGAACAUGGCCCUAAAAGAUCCCCAUAAGCCGGAGAGCGGCGUGCGGCUGCCCAAUGUGAUACGCGUAGAAACAAUAGAAGAGACGCCACCUCGCCAAACUUUUGGACUUUACCGGGGGGCAAGAGGUGACGCCAUGUUCGGACCCUUCAUACCCGGGGCCCGGCUCCGGUUUUGGGUAACCGGCUUCGGGUGGAAGAAAGAAAGGGACCCCUGCAAAAUAGCAUUACCUCCCGCCCCCGGAGGCCCCGGUGGCUGGCACGAGGUGGACGGCACAUGCGAAAAUACAAGAAUUGGCUCUAAGUUAUGGCAGAGCAGCGCAGGUGUUUGCUAUAACACACUUAGGCGAGAGCCAUUCUGCUGGCGUCGGUCUCUUCUCUGUCUCGAAUCUUGGGGGCUGCGCAUCCCACACGCAGCGCGUGCUCUUAUAGCACGCCGAGCCGCUUCUUUCUCCGAUCGCUUUCGAGUCUAGUCGCGAGCCUCUUCGCGGUCGUUUCGUUUCAUAAUCGAGCCCGGGUCUUUUUUUUUCUACUGUCAGGACCUGCGCUCACAAGCUUUACGAAAUUGCUACAGCUAUUCGAUAGCACAACAGACCGGCAAUGGAAAGCGCAGGCUCGCUAUUGCAAAGCGGCGGCAGUAAUGCGGCGCUGCUCUUUAUGACAUUGGUCAGAGGCAGCAGCUCACCCAGCCACGAAGCCGGCAAGCAGGCUCUUCACCUUUAGAAGCUUGCUCAUUCAUCUGCGCUGUCGUUGUCCAGUCUCAGUCCAAAAUUUCUACUCCCGUCGGAGAAGGAGAGGGCGAGGGCUUGCAUUCUGCUGGCGUCGGUCUGUUCUCUGUCUCGAAUCUUGGUGGCUGCGCAUCUUGCGCGCCGCGCGUGUUUUCAUGACGCGUGGGGCCGGUUCUUCUUUCGCUGGCGGGUCUAGUCGCUAUCCACCUCGCAGUCGCUUCGUAGUCGAUUCUCAUUCUCGUUCUGUUUCGGAUCUUUCUUUUCCUCCCUCUUUCCUCUCCCUCUCCUGAUCGGUAGUCCCCCACACUCGCCUACAGGCGGCAUCGCUUCGCUUUGUUUCGCGACCAGGUUCCUUGCCUAUACUCAGAAUUCAGCAUCCUUCAUCUCCGCGCGGUCAAUCUGAUGCUGCUAGUGGGCUAGUCUGGAUGGUUCACCCACUGCCAAAAAGGCUCUCGUCGUAUAUCAAGACCUGGAGUCGCGCUCUCAAGGUUACUUUAGUAUCAUGCGCUGCGUGCAGAAGAUGUAUGGGCAACGGCGAAUGCGACCUCUGGCGAAAAUCAACAGGAAGGCGCGUGAGCCGGAGGAAGGUCUGAAGUUCUACAGUCCGGGGGAUGCGCCUACUUUUGCCGUGAAGGAGAUCUCUGUUUGGCCGCCAGCGGCCCGUGGUAAGCAGCAGGCCGUUUUCGAAAAGUCGGCAGAAGCUGUCAACGACGAUGUCGUGCCUAUAAGGAUCGACGACUUCGAGGUGAUGAUGCAGAAGAAUGCCGACCGACCCACAUGA